AGCCUGGUCAUUUUAGCACUGGUGCACUCCGUAGACGGUCUCACCUCCCUGGGGAGCAUACACUUAAGUAUACUUAUGGUACACAAGAUGAUGAGGGUGACAGUCAUUUUGUGCAGUUUUAGUCAACACUUACUGUUAUGUUGAGUGUCUUGAACUAUUUAGAACAGUCAUCUACUAGGAGUGAGUGACGAUAAUGGAAAUAGGCAGUGCCUCAUUGUGAUCUUUCAUUUUGAUUUUGCUCCCUACCUUGCAUGCUAUUGGACUAUCUGAAUUCAACCUGACCAAGAACUCGUUUAAGUAGAAAAAAAACCCAAGUGAAAAUGGGUAAUUUUAAAGGACAUAUUCUCCCAGGCUCAUUCUUCAUUGCUUUUGGUAUAUGGUGGACCAUCAACAUUUGGGUCAAUUAUUUUCGCGCUCAAGACAGGAAGAAGAAGCGGCCAUUUCAAUGCAGACUCAUUUAUCCUGUCGCUAGUAACUGCACCAGACUGAAGUGCUGUCACAGUGGCUCCAUCUGCUGGGAAGGCAUUGUGAAAGUGGUGGUCACAGGCAUAGGCAUUGUAGGGGAAUUCAGCUACGGUUACGAUGCCAAACUGCAUUAUGUUCAUGCGGGCAAUGCCCAGCACAUCACCAUGUUUGCCGCGUUCGGGUUGACCGGAGUCGUGGACAUCCUGCUCUUUCACAAGGUUGCUUUACCCAGCAAGUGUGACUACAUGUCCGUGGUGCUGGCCCUGGUGGUGGAGAGCAUCCUGUUCAAGUUCCACUUACACGGAAGAACAAUGCUGAACACUCACGUGCACACUUUGCUCCUAUACACUCUGUACAUGACAAUUCCAGCCGUGUUAGCAGAGAUGUACUUUGACAAGCAUGUGCUGGCAGCGUUUGCACGCACAUUUCUGUUCCUGCUCCAAGGAACAUGGUUCUUUCAGGCAGCGUUCAUCCUGUUCAGCCCUCUCCCCAGAGCAUUGCCAUGGAAACAGGACAGUCCCCAUGAGGUGACACUUGUGACGUUGUUCUACACCUGGCAUCUGGGAAGCCUGUUUGUGUUGAUGCUCUGCAUAGGAGGCAUAGUGGGCUGUUGCUUGCGAUAUCGUAGGCGAGAACGCCGCAAUGAAGAUGUAGAAAUGCAAAGCCUUCUGUCUACAGAUGCUGCUAACCUGACCCCAGAGUGCGCAGAAGACUUCCUCAGUGAUGGUGAAAUUUAGUCACGAGUCCCAUUUUGACACGAUUAUGUAAAGAUUUUCGUCAAAUAUGCACAGCAUCCUUAUAUUAUUUAUUUUGAUCUGUGGAGAAUUUUCAAAAUCUGACAGCUAGUAAAUGAGAAACUGACUCAUAUGCUGUAAACCUCCAUAUUUGUUACUGCAACAGUCUACUCCUUGAUAUUCCAGAGUGCCAUGUAUUGAAUGAAACUCCAGUCUGUUUAAUGUGCGUGUGCUAGAUUAUUGGACUAAAUGAAUAUUAUAAGCAAGAGCAUUUUACACUAAUUUUUCACCAACUAUAAGUAACCCUCAUGGCAAGAAAUUUCUUAUCAAGUUUAACGCUUAUUUAUCAGAUUUAAAGGAAGUUGCCCAUAAGAUUUUUAUUGAUCAAACAAGUUUUUAUUGUAUACAGAAACGGAUCACCCAACAGAGAUUGGACACAGAGCAAACCAUAACGACUUGUGGUCAUCUAACUUUCACUAUUACUGCAGCCAUAUUUUGACUUGAACCACCAUGAUAAUAAAUGUUCAAAGUUUAUUAAAAUAAAGCUUAAAACUUACCCUUUCAAAUAAUAUCAUGAUCAUUUAUUAAAGUUAUAGUGGAUUUGACUUUUACUGCAUUGGACCUUUGGAAUUUUUAAAACAACUAAAUUUUGAAGACACUGAUAUUUUUUAAGUGGAUACACAGAACUUUAUUGUGGUCUCCCUAGGCCAACUGACAAGGUCAGGCACAUAUGGCUGAAUACUGUGUAUGACACUCAAAGCUUUUUGAAUGCAACUCACUCUCCCCUGGGAAACAACACAUUGGAGACAAAGUUGAAAGGAGGGAAUCUACUCUCUACUCUCAUCAUACUUGCAAUAGAGAUGAAGGGCUCAGUAACAUUUACCAAGUUGUUGUGACGUCAGGACCCUGCACACACUAAUGAAAGAAUGGGAAGGGCAGUAUCAGUCGAUCUGGGGUUGUGGUGUUGCAUAUGUCAGCAUUGGCCAAUUUUUUUAUUUCUUUUUAUUUAUUUAUUUAUUUAUU